AUGUCAAGUGUUCCUAAUUCGUCAUCAUCACUCACCGGUUCUACUUUGAAUCCAACCGACGGUUCAGGAAGAAAGAUUACUUCUUCUUUCGCUGGUCCUUUUGGGUUUGGAUCUCCUAGGGGCCUUUAUGAUCAUGAAGGAAACUUUUAUGCUGUCAACUCGGAUGCUACUCAUAAAUCGAGAAUCUCAGUGUCAGGUUUGGGAGCUACUCCAACUUUGGUAACUGCCAGCUCCCAAGCACCGAGCAUUGUGUCAGGUUUGGGAGCUACUCCAGCUUUGGUAACAGCCAGCUACAAAGCACCUAGCGUUAUGGCUGGUGGAGGCUCUGUGAGCAGGGCUUUGAGCUCUAGUGGAGGAUUUCCACAGGUUUUUCCUAGUUCUUACUUUAUUGCUGGGGGACAGUCCCAAAAUCAGGUUGAAAGAAUGAACAGCCUAAGCUCUAUGAGCUUUAUGAAUGAUAAAUACCCUCCUCCAUUCAAAUUCGGAGAUAUCCCAACAGACCUUGGACUCAGCUCCAUGUAUCAGCCAAACCAAGAGUCCAACAUUGAAAAUGAAGAUUUUCCUGAAUUGACUGCAUUGCCUGGAUAUACAGACAUGUAUGGCUCAGUGAGCAGGGCUUUGAGCUCUGACGGAGGUAUCCCGACAACAACAUCUGAAAGUAAUGAACUAAACCGAAUGAUGAGUGGGGUCCAAGGAUCUCCACAGGUUUUUCCUAUGCCUGGAAGUUCUUACCCUAUUGCUGAGGGACAAUCCCAAAAUCAGGUUCAAGGAAUGAACAGCCUAAGCUCUAUGAGCUUUAUGAAUGAUAAAUACACUCUUCCAUUCAAAUUCGGAGAUAUCCCAACAGACCUUGGACUCAGCUCCAUGUAUCAGCUAAACCAAGAGUCCAUCAUUCAAGAUGAAGAUUUUCCUGCAUUGUCUGGAUAUACAGGAAUAAAUGCUGAUUAUCAAAUGGAUUUGCAUCAUCAUGUACUAAUGAUGCAAUCUCAACAGCCAUCUAUGGGAAAGCUUGGUGAGUAUAACUUUGGUGGUGCGUCUACCUCACACUAUCCUCAACAACAUGCUCAAGCUGUGAGCAGUGGUGCUAUCUCCUCUCAGACUGGUGGAACUCCAACAUCUGUGAAUGUUCCAAUGGGUUAUAACCAGCCCCUCGUGUUCCAUCGAAACACGUCCCAUUCACGUGGGCAGAAGCUGUCAGCUAUUGGCCAACCCUUCAAACCAAGGCAAGAGACGGCACAGCCAAAGCCUGACCCUUAUAGCAUGCUCGGUUUGCUUAGUGUGAUUAAAAACACCAACCCUGACGCGACUACUUUGGCAAUUGGGAUGGACUUAACCGAACUUGGGUUAGAUAUGACCUCAAAAAAAAGUCUUUUCAAGACUUUUGCCACACCUUGGGCUGAUGAACCCCUUGAAGAUGAUCAUGAUGAGUUCACUAUACCGCAGUGUUACAAUGCAAGACAAAAUCCACCUCCAAGUGAAGGGAGGUAUAGAAAAUUUACGCUGAAAACAUUGUUUUACAUAUUCUAUAGCAUGCCGCAAGAUGAGGAGCAGCUAUACGCAGCAAAUGAACUUUACAACAGGGGCUGGUUCUAUUACAAAGUACCCAAUGGUUGGUACCUUCGAAUCGGGGAACCUCUCUUGGAAACACAUAUGUAUGAAACAGGAACAUAUGACUGUUUUGAUCCAAACAUAUUUGAGAGCGUUCGAAGGGAACAUGUGUAUAUUUUGUAUGAGAUGAUGGAAGAGAGGCCGUCACUACCUCAACAUUGA